AUGGCCUCAUUAACCCGCACCAUGCUCCUGCGCGGCCCAGCGCAGCGGGCGCUCUCGUCGUCGUCAUCCCGAGCGAGUCUUCUUCCUCUCCUGCGGCCUCUCAGCACCACCACAGCGCUGCGAGCCACCGUCGGCAAUGCGCCGCCCAUGGAGCCGCACAAGCAGCGCCCCUCCAACGCCGAGAUGGGCGUGGGCGAGAUCGAGGGCGCCGACUUCCGCAUCCAGCCCAUGCGCCGGGUGGGCGAGGACGACCGGACGAUGCGCGCGCGGUUGGUGUACCAGUCCCGCAAGCGCGGAACCCUCGAGUCCGACCUGCUGCUGUCCACCUUCGCCGACACCUACCUGCCGACCAUGAGCCGCGAGCGGAUGGCGCAGUACGACAUGUUCCUCGACGAGAACGACUGGGACAUCUACUACUGGGCGACGCAGGAGGCGCCGUCGCCCGUCGCCGACGCCGUCAGCAGUAACAACAACACUUCCUCCAUUUCUUCAUCCUCAACCUCAACACAAACACAACCAACAACCACAACAGACACCUCCUCACCCACCUACGGCAGCGGCGCUGAAGCCGCGACCGCCGAAUCCCACCACUCCACGGCCGCUACCUCGACGGGCGGCCAGGCGCGCGAAGCCGACUACAACGACACCAAAGCCAACCCGGGCGCUAACGCCGUGGCGGCCGCGGCCGCUGCGUCCGAGGAGCCGUACCGCAAGCCGGGCGAGGGCGAGUGGGCGCAGACGGUGGGGACGUUCAAGCCGGCGUACCGGCCGGUGCCGGUGCGGUGGCGCGACAGCGAGGUGCUGGCGCUGCUGCGGGAGCAUGUCAAGAGGCGGGCUAGCCAGGAAGGGGGGAUGGCUUUUAUGCCUGCGCUGCAGUCGUAG